AUGGCCUCAGUUUCAUCUAAUGAUGUUCCACAUCCAGUGGCCAUUGACGAGGCGCUGGGUGAGCGCCUUCAACCCCAUGAAGCCGAGCUUGCGGUCAAGGUGGCCGAUUUGCUCGAGGGCAACAUCCAUAAAGCCUACGAUAACAAGCCAGGUGAAGCACUCCGUGAUGUGCACUCGAGAGCCACUGGUGUCCUUAGGGCUCAGUUCAAGGUUCACGAAGACAUCCCACCACGUUUUGCCAAAGGAGUCUUUGUUCCCGGAAAGAGUUAUGAAGCUAUCGUACGUUUGUCGAACGGAUCAGGUGAUGCGAAGAAAGAAGACGAACGGGGCGAUAGUCGAGGCUGCGCCAUCAAGCUGUUGAAUGUCCCAGGACCCAAGUUGUUGGAGACCGAUCGAGAUGCGACGACACAAGAUUUCUUGAUGAUCAAUAAUCCACUGUUCUUUGUCAACGAUUCCAAAGCGUAUCUGGAAGCGAUGGCCAAGAACUCUUCAGAUUCGAUUAUACCCAAGCUAACGCUCCCAUUCACAUUGGGAUUGAAGGGAACUCUCAUCGCAGCCAAGCUGGGGUCGACCAAGAUUUCCAACCCGUUGCAAGUUCAAUAUUUCUCAGCUGUUCCAUAUCAGCUGGGUGUGGGUGAGAGUCGAUUGGCGGUCAAGUACUCGUUGAAGCCCGUGUCGACAGCCCACGAUGCGAUGCCGUCUGACCCAGAGCCGGAGUUCUUGCACAAGGUUGUUGAGGCCACUUUGGCGAAAAAAGAUGUGGAGUUCAAGUUUUUGGUGCAGCCCAAGGUAGACGAGCGUCAGGAUGUGGAGGACUCGAUGACAGAGUGGGAUGAGAAGGAGGCACCGUUUUAUGAGAUUGCAACUUUGACGGUACCGAGACAAGAUACAGAGUCUGAAGAAUUAAAAGCACUGGUGGAAAGAUUGUCGUUCAACCCAUGGCAUUCCUUGGCGGAGCAUAAACCUUUGGGUUCUAUCAACCGUACAAGAAAGAUUGUGUAUGAGCGAAUCUCACGAGUACGUGAUCAAAUGAACCAUGUCCCUCGCGAGGAGCCAAAGGUCAUAUAG